CUCAGGUUUCUCUCUGGUCAAUAUACCUAGUGAGGAGUGUUGGAGUGUUGUCAGACGAUGAUGGUGGUGUAGCGUAGUCUGCCAACAUGGCUACAGCCUCCAUGCAAAGUACUAAAGGCUACGGUUAAUUAAAUCCGGUGUAUUUGCGUGUGAAAAUAGUGGCAGUAUUUCGGGGCUGAGAACUUUUAUCUAUUUGUUAGGGAGAGCGUGGCCGUCACUCCGUGACGACUGGGAUAUCCGCGAACAGGAGUUACUGGUCAUGUCUACUCUGUUGAUAUUAUUGUAGCGUAGACAUCCUGCAUUCCGUCGUCUUUGAAAGAAAUCUGGAAUCCGGCGUGCGAGAGACUACGUACGUAAUGACCGACUCGGAGAAACUCUUCGCUUGCUCCACAUCGGGCUGCAAUAUGAGCUUUAUGAACGAAGAUCAGUUGACAAUGCACAAGAAGAAGCACGACAUGAUGCUAAAUCUUAACAAUAACUCUAAGAGUGCUGGAUUCGUUGCGGAUCAAACUCCAACGCCAACGAGGUUCUUCAAAAACUGCGAGGAGGUUGGUUUAUUUCAAGACCUGCAAAACGUAGUCAAUCCUUUCGAAGAGACGUUUCGAAGAGCUGUCGAGGCUGGAAAUACUGGCACGCUUGUGGUAUCAGAGGUUGGAAUGACUGAUGACACGCUGCAUACACCCCACAUCUUCCCCUAUAUAUCGGAUGUAUUGCCCGCAAAUAGUCAAAUUCUUUCCGAGGAUCACGUUGAAGUUUGUUCUACGACUGUGUCUCUCGCCGAGAAAGAUGCGGAAGAGGAAAACGCUUUAAAGACUGACGAGUGUAACAGUAUUAAACUAAGUACAAAUGAGACGCAGGAAUUGCUGAAAGACUCGACUGUCGCAUCUGCGAAGGAUGACGCUCUCUCGGAGGAUAUUAUUAUUUCAAGUGCAAAUAUACCCAUAGCGCCUAAACUUUCAUCGACGCAGCCUAUGUCUCAUCUGUCCAUCAACGGUGAAGAGGUGCAAUUGUUACUGAAAACCGCGGAUGGUAAAUUAAUGCAGUUGUGCGCGGUGCCGGAGUCUCCUAACGUAUCGAAUGUUAGUACCGAACAGCAAACCUUUAUUAUUAAAACCGAACCAGCUCUGCGAUGCGAGAUGAAGAAAUCUGCGAUUUCGAGACUAUCAUUGGCAAGAAUGAAGCUGAAACAAACCCUGUCUAAGAACAUGACCGUACAAGGUCAGAAAGCGACCGAGGAAUAUGUGAAAACGUACACUACUGCCGCGAAGAAGGAGAAUGUCAAGAAGACUGUCGAUCAGCUUAAGAAAAAGGACAUUCUUGAGCGCAAUCGUGCCAGUUCGAUGCGUGCGCGAGCUAAAAGAAGAGAGUGGAUCCAAGAACUCCAAAGAACAGUAACUAACGUGAACGAGGGGAACACGGCUUUGCAAAUGGAAGUGAAAACUCUACGUAUGGAAGUCGCGAGGUUGAAGACUCUUCUGCUAGCUCACAAGGAUUGCCCGGUCACAAAGGCGAUGAAAAAAGGAGUAGUUCUCGGACCUAAGAUAAUAUCGGUAGAUAAUCCUGAGGUACUUACGAUGCCGAUAUCGGCCAAUGGCGUCCCCGUAAAACGAUCGACCUCCUACGCGGCGAAGAUCCCGAACGUGUCGACGAAGAAAUCGCCCCUGUUGGUUAUGAAAAAUCCGGUGAUACUUCCGAAGAUGGAUUGCGGCACCGCGAAUCUCGCGAUUCCAAACGCGACGAUCAUAAAAACUCUACCGGCGUUGAAGAUCGUGGGCGUCAAUCAGUUUAUACCGGAGAAGUCGGAGGGAACGAAACAGAUACUGAUCGUGCAAAAUCAACCGAGGAAAUUGUGCGAGGGUACAACUAGGCAGAUUAUUCAGAUAAAUCCGAAUUACGAAGUGGAGCACGCGGCAUCUAAGAAUACGGGAACGUAAUUAAUCGCCUUUCAACGUUAGCACGUUGUAAUUAGUAAGUAAAUGUCCCAAGUUGUAGCGGUUAAAGCAAUCGGAGAAUAAACGAAUGAUGCUACGACUACGCGAUACAUUAUCGCGAAUAUAGCGCGAGUUAUUUGAUAUUCGUGCAAAUGUUAAUGGAAUAUACGUUCCGCGUCUCGUGUAUUUUAUCUUCCAUAAUAAAUGACUUCGAUAUUUUCUUAUCAUACUUUCAUCAUUAUUUCGCGAAUAACUAUUUAAUAUAAAUCAUCGCAGGUAUUCCUAAUGGAGGAACGUGAAGUAACGUAGGGAGUACCAGGUUAUUUUUAUAUUAUUUAUCGAGUUCACAAUAAACAGAUUUUUAUCGUA